UUGGUAAGAGAGUUUAAAAUUCUAAGGGAAGAAUUCCAUCAACAAUUUCAGAAGAAACAUAAGUUUUAAGGAAAGAUGUCAUCCUUACUUGGAGCUGAACAGUUAUGAUUAGAUCUAUAAUUUAAUACCAAAUCUUAUUCUUUCUUUCCUGAUAUCCAUAUAAUACAAAGCAUGGCUUCCAUUUUACCUGCUUCCAAUAGAUCCAUGAGACCUGACAGGAAUACAUACAAUGGAAAAAGAUUUGUUCAUGUUAAGAAUCCUUAUCUGGAUUCUAUGGAUGAAGACAUUCUCUAUCAUCUGGAUUUAGGAACAAAAACACACAAUCUACCAGCAAUGUUUGGGGAUAUAAAGUUUGUCUGCGUCGGUGGCAGCCCCAACAGAAUGAAAGCAUUUGCAGUGUUUAUGCACAAGGAGCUGGGACUGGAGGGAGAUGGAGAAGAUGUUAAAGACAUCUGCGCUGGAACAGACAGAUACUGCAUGUUCAAAACCGGUCCUGUGCUCUCCAUCAGUCAUGGCAUGGGCAUCCCCUCCAUUUCUAUUAUGCUUCAUGAACUCAUCAAAUUACUACAUCAUGCACGGUGCUAUGAUGUUACCAUUAUCAGAAUUGGUACAUCAGGGGGAAUAGGGAUUGCACCAGGGUCUGUUGUAAUAACAGAUACAGCUGUAGACUCCUUCUUCCAGCCCCGGUUUGAGCAGGUCAUCUUGGACAAUGUUGUCACUCGAAGUACUGAACUUGACAAGGAACUGGCUGAAGAACUGUUCAAAUGUAGCAAAGAAAUUCCCAACUUCCCAACUCUCAUCGGACAUACAAUGUGUACCUAUGAUUUUUAUGAAGGCCAAGGUCGACUAGAUGGAGCAUUAUGCUCCUUUUCUAAAGAAAAGAAGUUAGAUUACUUGAAAAGAGCAUAUAAAGCUGGUGUGAGGAACAUUGAAAUGGAAUCUACAGUGUUCGCAGCCAUGUGUGGACUCUGUGGUCUAAAAGCUGCUGUGGUCUGUGUGACACUUCUCGACCGACUUGACUGUGACCAGAUCAACUUGUCUCAUGAUGUUCUGGUGGAGUACCAGCAACGGCCUCAGCUCCUAAUCUCGAACUUCAUCAAAAAGCAGCUUGGACUUUGUGACCAGAUGUCAUAACUUACCAGCCUAAUCCUCUCCUGCAAGUUGGUAGAUCAAGUAGUGACUUUGAAGUCAUGUUUUAUUUGUAGUAUUUUCAUAUAGUUCUCAUCCACAUGCUAAAAUCAUAAUAGAGAGAUUUCAUGAAAUCCCUUUAACUUAAAAAUGAAUUUAUAGGAAGAGAAGUUAAUACCACAUUAAAUGAAAUUCAAAUUCCAUUUUAGAAUAAGCUAACUAGAUCAGUCUAAUAAUGCAAAUUUUAAACUCCUGGAUUGUGACAUUUGGAGUUUCAUAUGCAGCAUUAAUUAAGCUCAUAUCAAAAUAGAUCAGCCAUUUGUAGAUACAGUUACCAGUCACUCUGUUGCUGAAACCAAUCCAGAAAUUCAUGUGAGAACGUUGUCAGGCACUUCUAGGUGUUGGAAAAGUGACAGAAAUUUGAUCAUACAUUCAAAAUAUUUACAGAAAAAAAUAUCAGUGUACUGUAGGUCUACACAUAUGAGUUAUCCUUAGGGAAAUAUGACCAUACUUCUUUUUUACCCCUGCACAAUUUCAGUGCACCACAGAAUAGAAUUUAAGGUCUAUAUGUGCCUGCAUUUGGGAUUUGUCACAGAACAUAACAACUCUGGAUUACGCAUUUAUUUUCAAAUGAAACCUCUUGGUGAUGCAAAAAAAGA